UUUUUCAAGUUAACAAAGAUUCAUAUCUACAAUUUUGUCUUACUACAUUGAAAUCCGAUCCUCUUGAAUAUGGUUCUAAGAGUGAUUCAGAAUUAAAUAGUACUUGCAACAGUUUUUUUCAAAAAUAUUUUAUAAUUGUCGUUUUAAUUUCCGGUCUUCAUUUUGCUAUUUCG